AUGACUGAAACGGUCAACAAUACCUGGUUACGUCGAAGCUUGACAAUCACCUCGGUUGCCCUCCUCAAGCGUUUUCGACCGCGCUCAGGCCGUAUUCUCUUCCUCAAUUCCAAAAUUUGCGUCAAAUAUGGUACAACGGUACACUUAAGGAAGGGCAUAACAUAUAUCGUCAUGGAGCGAAUCCACGGGAUUCCUAUCGGUAGGAACUGGGAUAGUCGCACAGCAGAGUCAAAAGCAGAUCUGCUGUCUCAGCUACGUCAGUGUUUUAUCGAGCUUCAAAGAAUUCCACAUCCGAUUCCUGGAAUGGUAGCAGCAGCAAACUUGGGAAAGUUAUACGAGUAUCGCAUCUCUUCCGAACCAUUCGGGCCGUUUUCGAGUCCAAAAGAAUUUCACGUCUUCCUUCGCGACAAUAUUACGAUUUCAAACAAUACCCCAGAUGAGGUCAAACAAUUGAUACAGAUGCAAGAGGAGAAUCAAUACACAGUCGCGAUGAUUGACUUCGAAUUCAGCGGAUUUAUGCCCUCCUAUUGGGACUAUGUCGCAGGGAUGAAUGUCAACCCAUAUGACGACUUUUGGAAGUCGGAAAUUAGCAAGUUUUUGGAUCCACAUCCUAAAGAACUUGAAAUGAAGGGCUUAAGACGAAAAUUCUUUGGAGAGUUCUGA